AUGCCCGGCCCCCGCUCCACCUCCCACAUAAAACAAUACACCCCCACCCAAUUCUCCGCCGCCAUCGCCGCCGUCUCUUCGGGCAGUCUGUCCAUCCGCAAAGCCGCCCAAGCGCACUCCAUCCCCUUUUCCACUUUGCAGCGCCACUUCCAGGGGACUCCCCAAGCCAAGCGGAGCUACGAGGCGUCCUCGCGCGAGAUGCAAAAGCUCACGCCCGAGCAAGAGGAGAAUAUCGCCAUGUGGGUGCUUGCGCAGGAGAAUCUGGGACUGCCGGUGAAGAUGGAGGAUAUUCGCCGGUUUGCUGAUCGGGUUUUGGAGGUGGGGUUGAAAGAGGCUGGUGCACAGGGACAGGGGAUGGGGCAGGUUCAGAAGAGGGGGGCAGGGGGAAGUGCGGGUGGGAGGAGGAAAGUGGUUGGGAAGGAGGGUAAGGAGGGGAAGGAUGGGAAGGACGGUAAAGAAGGGGAGGGACAAGAAGAGGAGGGUAAGGAAGGGGAGGAAGAAAGAUCGACAACUACCUCCACCGUAACGGUAGGAAAACACUGGGGACCCAAGUUCAUGCAACGCCAUCCUCAGCUCAAAGCAGCGAGAGAAGCAAGGAGGAAGGAGUUGAAGAAGGGGUUGAGGGGGAAGCAGGCUGCUACCACCACUACUACCACUGCUACCGCUGCUGUCAUCAACACCCCCACGCCGGCCGCCGCCGUUACAAACGGUCAUCAAAUUGGACUGCCACAAACUCCCACCCCUGCUGCUGUUAGUGGUGGUAGUCAGAGACAGCGGAACGGUCCUCAGAAGAAGAAGGACAACGGCCAGCUACAGCAACAACAGCAACAGCAACAGGAGGAUAACGAAGAUGUCGAUCCAGAACUGGUGGACCAAGACCAAGAUCAAACUGUCGUCAUGGAAGAUGCCGGCCAAGAUGAAGAGGAUGACGAGGAUAUGGACGAAGAAGAACAAAAUGAUACCACUGUCCACGUCAAGGACGAACUUGAAGAAGAAGAAGAGUACUACGAAGAAGACGAGCAAACGCCUGAUCAGCAGCUGUUGAUGGAUUCGCAGCGGUAUUCUGCGAGGUUUGCGACGACCAACGGAAGUCAUUAGCCUGGCGGGGUUCGAACGUUUAUCUUUGGGGAAAACAACAAACAGACUGAGAGAUUGGACGAAGGUGACUGGAGCGGCUGAAGGAGAUUAAGGGCUGGAGGAGAUUAAGGGCUGGAGUACAGACAGGCCAAACGAAGUCAGAAAACAUGUUUGAGGAGGAGGUGCUCGAGGUGUUUGAGGAGGAGAUUGACAAGUUGGAACAGGAACAGGAAUAGGAACAGGC